AUGAUACAAAAAGUAGCGUGGAGGGACGUUCGAGUGGACGUUGAAGUGACUAGAGUAUUAAUCUUUGAUGGAGGGUCACGAGGUAACUCAAGACCAGGAGGAAGCGGGAGCGUUGUUGUGGAAGUUUUGGACGUUCAUGAGAGAGUGAGACCGGUGUGGGCUGCUGCAACAUCGUUGGCAAACAAAGGGACCACCAACAACGUAGCAGAAUUUGUAGGCCUUUUGGAGCAGAAAUGGAAAAGGAUGCAUGUGGUCGGUGACAGCGCGAUGGUGUUGAGCAUGAUUCAAAGGAGGAAACAACCCAAAGUCAAGAGACUCCUGCAUUGGUACCGUUUAACGAGAAGGCUGGCGGACUUGUGUGAAGUACAAUCUUGGACACUCCACCAUAGACAACAUAACAAGAUUGCCGAUUGGUUGGCUAACUACGCGAUGGAUAACAGAGCAAGCGUGGAAGUCAAUUGGCUGCAAAUUGCUGAGUGA